AUGUGUCACCUCUCGCAAGAAGCGAAAGCGCAACAAGUUGCCAAGAUUGGCUCCGCUAAUCACUCUUCCCGAGAAAGCCAAAAGGCCAAGUCAUCCCAGGGGAUACACCUAGAAAAUGUCAGUGAAUACAUUGAUGAUCUAAUCAAAACAUUGGGAUACACCAAGACGGCUCAGAUCGUUCGUGUCCAGCGCAGCCUUCUCAAAGGUAAAAGCGCAGAGCUCUACCAGAGCUUCUACAUCAAACGGUUCACCCAAGAGGUCACAUCUGAGGACCAACAGAAGAAGGCAUUGAGCCAAGUCAUGAAUGACAUGGCCUUGAAAAUCUUUGCUGAUGGAGCCUGGGCAGCUCGUUCCCAGAAGCGCUACAUGCGCAAUAAUCUAUUCAUGGGCAACAUGGAUCCGGAGAAAUUUGCGGACCGCCUUGAAAAGCUAAACGAUUAUUUGAAAUAUUUCCCCAUUGACAAGGUGGAAAUGGAACAUCCCCCAAACAAGAAACUUGAUUGGGAUGAACUGGUUGACAUCAUGGACUAUUCCACGCCUAGGCGCUGGCACCCCUUGAUGCCCAGCCAGGGCAAGCAGCCACACCUGUUCAAGAGCUUCAAUGAGGCUGUGACAUACUACCAGCGACUUUACAAAGCCGACCUACUUUCCCGCAAGCUCUCCGAAGCCAAUGGUUUCAAUGGAGGCAACAACGGAGGUGGAGGUGGUCCUGGUGCGGUGGUGCAAAACCUAACCCGUGGACUAACAAGAACCACAAUAGAACAGGACGGCAUCCCCAAACCUGUGGGAGAUCACGGUGGACCAAGUCUGGCACACAAAAUCUGA